AUGCGGUCUGCGGCCAAGGGGUUUUAUCUGGCCUUUUUCGCCUUCUUGAGUCUGGCCAGUGCCAGUAGCCAUGGCGAGCAUAACGGACACCACACGGCAGAUACGUGCGCAAUUGAUCCCAAAGCGACCGUGUCGGAUGCCUGUGUCUCGUACGCCACAAUCGAUGAGCUGAACGAUCAGGUCUACCCCCUCCUCCAGUCGCUCACGCAGGAAACCGACUUCUUCUCAUACUACCGGCUCAAUUUGUUCAACAAGGCGUGUCCGUUCUGGUCCGAUGCGAGUAGCAUGUGUGGCAAUAUUGCAUGCGCCGUGAACACGAUCGAAUCGGAGGAGGACAUCCCGUUGACCUGGCGGGCGGAGGAGCUGAGCAAACUCGAGGGGCCCAAAGCCGGACAUCCCGGCCGCAAGUUGCAGGAGGAACGGCCCAAGGACCGUCCGCUCCAGGGCAUGCUGGGCGAGGAUGUCGGGGAAAGCUGUGUGGUCGAGUACGACGACGAGUGCGACGAGCGCGAUUACUGCGUGCCGGAAGAUGAGGGCGCGACGGGCAAGGGCGACUAUGUCAGCCUGGUGGACAAUCCGGAACGCUUCACGGGGUAUGCUGGCAUGGGCUCCCGACAGGUCUGGGAUGCCAUCUACCGGGAGAACUGCUUCCUGAAGCCGCUGCCGGAGACAGGGCUCUCUUCAUCGACGAACAACUUCCAGCCGGGGGGCUUGCAGGCGGCCAACGACUUCCGCAGCCUGCUCCAGCAGGAGUCGAAGCGCGGCGAUGGGUUUUUGCUGGACGACGAAUGUCUGGAGAAACGCGUGUUCCACAGGGUGGUCAGCGGCAUGCAUGCCUCAAUCUCAAUGCACCUCUGCUGGGAAUAUAUGAACCAGACCACGGGCCAGUGGCACCCGAACCUACAGUGCUACAAGGACCGGCUACACUCACACCCGGAGCGGAUCUCGAACCUCUACUUCAACUAUGCUCUGGUCUCGCGCGCUGUGGCCAAACUGCGCAAGCACCUCCAGGACUACACCUUUUGCUCCGGCGACCCGGUGCAAGAUAGCGACACCCGGCGCCAGGUGUCCCAGUUGACCGAGAUCCUCGCGGACCGUCCGCAGAUCUUUGACGAGAACAUCAUGUUCCAGGACCCCAGCGCCAUCGGGCUCAAGGAGGACUUCCGCAACCGCUUCCGGAACGUCAGCCGGAUCAUGGACUGCGUCGGGUGCGACAAGUGCCGCCUGUGGGGGAAGCUGCAGACAAGCGGCUACGGGACCGCGCUCAAGGUGCUGUUCGAGUACGACGAGACGAAGAACGGCGAGAACCCGCUUCUGCGCCGCACGGAGCUCGUCGCCCUGGUCAACACCCUCGGUCGCAUCUCCCACAGCCUGGCCGCGGCGCGGAGCUUCCAUCGGACCCUGACCGCGGAGUUGGCCGGUGUCAACACUGACACCUCCGGGGAGCAGCAGACGCCUCUGACCCCUGAGCCCGAGCCCGAGUCCAACCGCCGACUCAUCGUGCAUGGCGUGUCCAGUGUGGAAAUGGAAGGCGACGAGGACGAGUUCCAAUACGUCACGGGCGACGUUCCCUGGGAGGCGGAUCGAAUCGAAACGAACUCCCUCAUGGACGAGUUCAAGGCCGAGCUCAGCGUCGUCUGGAACACCUACGUCUAUGUGUUGAAGACCUGGUACUACCUUCCCAAGACAGUCCUAGGCUGGGUGAGCCAGCGCGCCCGAUUUCAUGGCGACGGUAUCGCCGCCAAAACCGUGGGAAAGGGCCGCCGCAGCAGCAGGUAUUUUCCAUCGAUCAAUUUGAAUCCUUCUUUGUAUUCUAAUUUGUCAGGCCCGGCUUUACCUGCGUCCCCCGCCAUGAGUGCUAGUCCUGCAACAGCCGCGCCGGCUGCGUCCACAUCACCGACAUCGGCGACGACAACGUCAGCAGCAGCAGCAGCAGCACCUGGUGCCGCUGCUCCCGAUUUACCAUCCCGACCGAGCACGUUGAACGCGGUGGUGAACCGGACAGCAUCGACCUAUUCGCCGUAUGGCACGUCGCGGUUCGGAACAAGUCCCUACGGAGGCUACGGUGGCUACAGUGCUUACUCGUCGCCCUACUCGCGCUUCGGGGCCAUGGGGUCGAUGUAUGGCGGAUACGGCGGGAUGGGAGGCAUGGGCGGCAUGUACGGCGGGAUGGGUGGCAUGUACGGCGGGAUGCCGGGGGGGGAUCCCAACGAUUCCAACAGUCUGACCGACUCGUUCAGCCAGAGCACACAGGCGACCUUCCAGAUGAUCGAGAGCAUCGUGGGGGCAUUUGGCGGGUUUGCACAGAUGUUGGAAAGCACCUAUAUGGCCACUCAUAGUUCAUUUUUCGCAAUGGUUUCGGUCGCAGAGCAGCUUGGGAACCUGCGCAACACGUUAGGAUCCGCGCUCGGUAUCUUCACGCUGGUCCGGUGGUUUCGAACGCUGAUCGCCAAACUGACCGGUCGUCCUCCGCCUGUCGACGCGACAUCUCUCACCCCGUCGGCAUUUGCGGCGUUCCUGAGCGGUCGGUCCGCACCUGCAACGCUACCUGACGGCUCGCCCGCGCCCCCCAAACCGUCGAAGAAACCGUUCAUCAUGUUCCUGGUGGCGGUUUUCGGUCUCCCGUACCUGAUGGGCAAGCUCAUCAAGGCCCUUGCGCAGUCGCAGGAGGAAGAGGCUAAACGGCGGCAGCAGCAGAUGCUGGUGGGCCCGAACGGGGAGCCCGCCGCCGCCGGGGGCGAGGUUGGCGCACCGCUGGACCCGUCGAAGCUGGACUUCUGCCGCGUGCUGUACGACUACACGCCCGAGGCACAAGAGAGCACGGGCAUCGAUCUCGGAGUGAAGAAGGGCGAUAUUGUCGCCGUGCUCAGCAAAUCGGACCCGAUGGGCAACGCCUCGGAGUGGUGGCGCUGCCGCGCACGAGACGGGCGCGUUGGAUAUCUGCCCGGCCCGUAUCUGGAGACUAUCCAGCGCCGACCGGCGAUUACUGCUUCUUCUGACAGCGCCAGUGCCAGUGCCAGUGCCUCUGGGAGUCGCGCCAACUCGCUGAAGAGCACGGUGAAGCCGGUCUCGGAAAAGCCCGAGCUCAAAGGCAAGAUGGGCGACAUCUCGCCGGAAAGUUUCCAGAAGAGCACAUUCUAUUCGUGA